UCAGCGCGAGUUGGGGGGGGAGGUAAACAAGAUGGCGACAACCUGAGUGGCAAGAGUAACCACGAAGAGUCAGAACAUUUAAUUGGUAUCUUGUUUAGAGUACAACAUCUGCUUCACCGAGGACGGACACAGAGAGCAAACACAGCGCAGGACGGAGCUUCAUCUGGAUGCAGGCACCAGGCAGUAGGAGUCGCGGUGGCAUGGAGGACACCUGAGGACGGGUUGACACAUUGGAUGGCUCAGCCGACCUCCAGGAGCUGGACUCACACUUCUGCAUGCGUUUGGCUGUAGGUCUGCUCGGAUCCAGUCCAGCUGUACACACACAUGCGUCCAGAGGAAAACUAUGCCAUGAAGCAUGGACCUUUGAAAGAAAUGCUGUGCUGCGUGGCCUUGAAGCAGGACUGGUUACCUCUACCCAAGGUUGUAUGGUAAUAAAUUCACAGAGAGGUGAUCUAGGGUUAAGCGAAGAAAAAAAAAAAAAAUAACAUCUUAGAAUCACAAUUUGUGUUCGGCUGCACUUGUCUCAGAUGUAGUAUGAAAUGCACAGUAUAAAGCACUAACUUGGCACUGGACCCAACAGGUUAUUCACCUCCGUUCACACCUCUUGUCUAAAAAAAGAGCCCUAAUGUUUACAAAUUGGGAUUGAUCCCUCACCUCAUCCCUCUACUCUCAGGCCUGAUUACUCCCUCUCCCAUGUUCAGUAUUUUGUAAUCCAUCUGUAUUCCAUCUUGUGGAAUUAAACUACUCGGCUCAGAGCUGAAAGGUUACCAGUGGAUUACCCUCCAGCGGCAGAAUUAGCUAUUCGGCGAACAUUUUUGCACAGGAAGCUUAAGUUGUGGCUGCUGAACUAUCAGUCAUGAGUACCGGCGAGCUGCAUCAUCUUGACUAUCUGAAUGAAAAUGAACUGAUGGAGAUGGAUACCUUCAUUCACCGCAUUGACUCUACAGAGGUGAUCUACCAGCCACGGAGGAAGAGGGCGAAGCUGAUAGGGAAGUACUUGAUGGGAGAUCUGCUAGGGGAGGGGUCUUAUGGCAAGGUGAAAGAGAUGCUGGACUCAGAGACACUUUGUCGCAGGGCUGUCAAAAUACUGAAGAAGAAGAAGCUGAGGAGGAUUCCCAACGGAGAAGCCAAUGUGAAAAAGUUUCCCAGCUUGAGGGAGAUUCAGCUGCUAAGAAGACUCCAACACAAGAAUGUGAUUCAGUUGGUGGAUGUGCUCUACAAUGAAGAGAAGCAGAAGAUGUAUAUGGUGAUGGAGUAUUGCGUUUGUGGGAUGCAAGAAAUGCUGGACAGCGUCCCAGAAAAAAGGUUUCCAGUAUUUCAAGCUCACGGGUACUUUUGCCAACUCUUAGAUGGCCUUGAAUAUUUGCACAGCCAGGGAAUAGUUCACAAAGACAUUAAGCCAGGGAAUCUGCUGCUGACCACAGACGGGGCACUCAAAAUCUCCGACCUGGGAGUAGCAGAGGCCCUUCACCCAUUUGCAGAGGACGACACAUGUCGCACCAGUCAAGGCUCUCCGGCCUUCCAGCCUCCAGAGAUUGCCAAUGGACUGGACACCUUUUCAGGGUUUAAAGUGGACAUUUGGUCUGCUGGAGUAACACUAUACAACAUUACAACAAGUCUGUAUCCGUUUGAGGGGGACAACAUCUAUAAGCUAUUUGAGAACAUUGGAAAAGGAGACUACACUAUUCCCGAGGACUGUGGACCCCUCCUGUCGGACCUGCUGCGAGGAAUGCUUGAGUACGACCCUGCGAAGAGGUUCUCCAUACAGAACAUAAGGCAACACAAUUGGGUGCGUAAGAAACACCCUCCGUCUGAGCCCCCUGUGCCCAUCCCUGCCAGCGCAGAGAGCAGGGAUCCUUGGCGAAGUAUGACGGUGGUGCCGUACCUGGAGGACCUGCACGGCUACACAGAGGAGGAUGAUGACGAGCUCUACGAUGGAGAGGAUGAGAUCAUAUACACUCAGGACUUCACAGUGCCAGGACAAGUGGCCGAAGAAGAUCUGGAUCAGGGGCACGUAGAUCACAGUCCAGCUCUAGCCAAGCCAGUUUGUGUGAACGGGACAGAGGGAGGGUCUCUGAACAGCAAGGCCAAAGCCGAGCGCCGAUCCUCCUCUUCAUCCAACCCCUCACGUAAAGGAGUCUCCACAGCCAGCAAGAUCCGCAAGCUCUCCACCUGCAAACAGCAAUGACCCCAUCCCCCUUCUCUCCCGGCAACAACCCACCUGGUUGAUCUGUCCCCGUCCUUCUGUGUCCGGAGUCCUCACAGUUGUGAGAGAAACCUGCUGACGUUAAUGCCCCCAUACCUCCUUGGACCACUGGCCUGCAGAGUCUUUUGAAAAUGCGGUAUGAGUGACGGGGAGGAGGACAGCAUGAAAUGUUCUUUUUGCUCUGAGACUGAGGCACUGGCUGUGAAGAUGGUGUUUUUUUGUUUUUGUUUUUUUUUCCUCCUAUAUUUUGGCUCCUUUCAACUCCUGUCAUCCAGUUCUGUCAUCUAGUAAUUUCCCCUCUCCAUCCCGUUCUCCUCUUCGGAGGGCCGAGGGUUGCACCGGACGUUACAAACACCAUCACCCCUGUACCCCCCGCAUCCACCCCCCUCUACCCCACCUUUCUUUGACUACCUUUGUUUUUACAGAACCCUAAUGGCAGUUUUUAAGACACAUUGUGAUGUGUAAAAAAUUUAAGAGGAAAAAAAAUGACAAAAGUUAUGAAUAAUUCUAUAUUUAGAUCUAUGAUGAGAAUAAUUAUGAUAGUACUCUACUACCACCAACAUAAAAAAAACUGCAUGCUGUACAGAGCUGGAAGAAAGGGAAAGUGCUUGGUUUGUGGACAGACUGACUGAAGCCUUGAGAUCCACCGCUGACCUGUUGGGGAUUUUUGAUUUCCAUUUAGGUUUUUUUCCUUUUUCUUUUUUCCAAUGAAUAUUUUUUAAUUAUUAUUUAUAUAAAAUAUGUCCCAAACAGGCUGUUUUGUUGGAUGAUCCUUUCUGUUUAACUUUGAGUUGAGUAUAUUUUUAUUAUGCAAUACACCUCAGUGGUUUAUGUACUGUU